CUGACCUACUUCACAGGCACUGUACCAAAGGGACCACAGCCACCUACUUGCCUACCUGCCCACUGUUCCUGGCGGCGAUCGGUUCGUCGCCAAUCCUCCAGGACUUAUUCCAUGUGAUUAAAAUAACAAAAAUAACAAAACCAUAUCCUGUUCCUCAAUGGCUACUAUAUUCGGUAAACGAUGAUGGAGUGCAUUCGACUAUCGCCACUCCCUGCCGCUGUUUAGACUAGGUCUAGUCUAAUCGUUUGUUGCGUGCAUUUGUCACCUGCAACCGCAACCAAUCUACGAGAAACAAAGACACGUCAAGAAAGUUUCUUAUUUGUUUUUGUUCUUGCAAACAAGCUUCAGACCAUGGACGGCAAAAAACGGUUCCCCUCCCUGCUGGGUGACCCGGGCUACGAUCAUCGUCAGGUCUCGGGCGGCGCCGCUCGGGCUCUGUCGCCGGCACCCAGUGGCCGCUUCAGCUUACACCGGGUUUCACUCUCGCCUUCUUCAUCGUCGUCUUCUUCAGUGGCGUCGAGCACUUGUGCCUCGACAUGUGGCUCAAAAGAUACCAGCUUGAGCCCAGAAAACUCAUGCGUGUCCCGUGAUACUUCAGACGGAGAUUGUGGCAGAUAUAGAUUCAUUGCCUGGGCGGCCGUCAAACGUAAUGCUUGUCAAGGCAUGACACCAAGCGAAAAACUCGAGUGUCCGUUGCUGCGAUGUCGUCGGCGAUGCGGGAGUCACGAGGAAAUGCUUAGGCACCUCGCAGGAUGUGAUCAGCUUGGAACUUGCGAAUAUUGGUGCUACAGUCACAUGCGUGUUGAGCGGUUUGACGACAAGAAGUGCCAGCGAUGUUUGACGCAAAAGUCCAAACGUCGCCGCAUGCUCUGCAAGGCUAAGAACUUCUUCUCAUCGCUGGGACACAAAGGGAGAAAGCAUGGUGCGACUGGCCUUCCCACUGACUUUGGCGACGACGACGAUGAGUCCCUCAUGUUUCCAGCCGCUCCCUCGAGAUACAAUAUGCUGGAAGUAGACCAGACGUUCGGCUACGAGCUCUCAGGAAACGCCAUCGUCGAGAUCGACUCGACCGAGGUGGCACCCCCGUUGCCGCCAUCCCCACCAACUCCUGCCGUCGUCGACCCUCAAGUCCUUUUACUUCCAGAGGUUGACACUAGGAUGUUGGUCGCCCCCGAUCCAUCGAUGCAAUGGCAACAUAACAUUGCAUGUGCUCCUCAGCCCAUUUUUGCCGAGCAGGUUCCGUCGCCUGAGGAGCGUCCGCCACUACAGGUCAACAACACCUUCAGUAUCGAGCAAUAUCUUCAGUCAAUCAGGUUCCGGCCCAAACCCAGACCCAAUCCGGCACCGGCGAGUAGAAGCAAGGACCUUUCGCCAAGCUCUUCCGUUCGAUCCACAAACAGCACUACUAGUACCGCCAGCGAUGUCAGUCAUACGAGCUGCACAAGUGCUGCGAGUAAUGUUAGCUCGCUGGUGUCGCCAAUAUCGGCAUUUAGUCACUCCUCCUUCGCCGAUGGUGAAUUUGCGAAGCACCUGACAUCCCCUGAGGAUGUUCUAAUGGGCCAGGAUGACCGGGUGCUGGACCAGCGCCAGUUUGAUCAACACGAUGUACCGGCAUCAAUAUUUGAUUCGAUCUGCCCGCCGGCAGAGCUACUCCAUGGCAUGUUCACAGAACUCCCUGCUGAUUUCCCACCACCAAACGUGGACUCGAUCAACCUGCCGACGAACUCUCUACUUUUUGGCUUCGAUACUACCGCCUAUCCUGUCGACACGACUUGUACCAAAGACUUACUUCUAACGCAAGAUGCCAACUUUGACCCACCCCUAGACAUGGCUUCUCAAUCCAAAGCUCACAGCAGCCCCGUGUCGGUCGAGGCAGAUGUCAAGAUGCCCCAGUCAGCAACAGAAGCAUUUGUAGGUCCGACCUGGGACACAUUGUUGGAGCAUAUUGCGAGCUCAAAGGCCAAGGUUCAAGACAUAAAUGACAACCCCUUGGCCGACAAGCUUCGCUCGUUGGCCCCAAUGACUAUCGCAAGGGAUGGGCUUAGUGCACUCAGAAGCCUUCUUGACGGCUGUCCACCCACAAGUCCAAUCAAGGUUCUCUGUCUUGUUCACGUGGUCUACGCUUUUUCUCUAGUCGUCUAUGGCGAUGACCACCUUUCACAACGCUCUCGAGAGCUAUAUGUUGAGUCUCUCGUCUACGCUCGUAUGCUACAAGACAUGCAAAUGGAAGCGCUUAUGACCGCUAUCUGGCAGCCAGUCAAAUUUUCCAUUGCCGAGAUCAGCCAAGGCCUUCGCAGGAAGUACAAGUCAUUGCACAGAAGUCCUAGUCAAAAGGGCAAGGAGUACCCUAUUGAUCUAAAGCGCCAUGUCGCCUACAACCAAGACCCGCUUCUAUGUACUGCUAGGGACUUUUUAGAUGAACUCGAAUGCUCGGCAAUACUCAGGCCAUCGCCUAAGCCAUCUCAUCUCCUGACCUCUACUAUUUAUUCUAAGCAACUGGAGCUUGACUUCCAAGGGACAUCAAGCACAUCAUUUGUGACAGCCGCCCGCACAGUCAUUGUUCAACUAGCCAAGAAUUUUACUGGCCAUGGAGAUCUCCUACUAGGACUUCAGGAUAUACACAAACGACUCAGUUCUGGCUCGAUCUCGAGUAUUCGGAGACUUGAAAUCGAGCUCCUCUACACUGGAAAGAACUGCUUGCCUUCGAGAACCUAUUUUGGAAAGUACACAAAUGCAACAGGACAAGCAUGCGACCUAAUGUAUCAUCAAUUUAUCGGAAGCAGUGCGAAUAGGACCGUCUACCAUGGUCUAGAUAUCGGUUUCCUCGAGAUGACAGUCGAGGGGCUCAAAAUAGGUGAACUAGGUGGAUGUAAUGGUGCGCAUGCCGUUCUACCCACAUCGCCGCUGAGUGACGACAAUGAAGGAGACGCCUUGUUUGACGACUUUAUAAACGCCAUGACCCCAUGUUUGACGGGAACGAUGGAGGACGAGAACAUUGCAGUGCAGCUCAACCCGGAAAUGGUGAUUACGGAUAGCUCAAAGCUCGAACUUGGGCCACCCUACAGCAGUUUAACAGGGGAAGCCUCAAACGUGGCGGCCGUAGGUUCAGUCGGUUGCGAGAAAUCUCUCACAUUGACCUCGGAGGCAUUGUCAGUUCAACCUGGCGGAUCGUUUUCUGGCUCCACGACCCCUUCUUCAUCGACAUCGAGUUCUGGAAGCACUACGGCACAGGGCAAAACGGAGGCAAACAGCUGUUGCGAGCUGUGCGGAUAUAGGCCCAAGGGGGAUCCACAAUGGUUCAAAGGGAGCAUGGCCAAGCACAUGAAACUGCAACAUUCGGCGCAACCCCCUAAGAUAUACAAGUGCCCCUAUCCUGGUUGCAACAGCGCAUACAAGAAUCGACCAGACAACUUGAGACAGCACCAGAUCGAAAAGGGACACUUUGUCGAGGGUGAAGAGCCAAACCGCAGGCCGAGCAAGAGAAAGAAGAUGUCUGAGUGAAUCAAGGCCCAGGCGGCAGGCUUCGCGCAUAUGCAUAUUGCUGGGUUUUGAGGGUUUCACGCAGGCGUGAGUUGGUUCAUAGGAUCAGGGUGGAUGUGUAUCCUUUUCAUUUCCAAACUUACCCCGAGAGUUGUCACGCUUAAUAUAUUGACGAAGUUGGAUAUCGAGAGACGAAGGCUUAUCAUAUGGGUACAGUUUUGUGGGUAAGGUGGUCGUUUAAUUAUAGAGGAUACCCUGGAGUGUAUUGGGACGAGAAAUGUAUUGAUUAAGCAGUUGAAUAUAUUUGCUGAAUAUCAAAACAAAACUUAAGACAGAAAUUAGAGC